GCUACUAAAAGCAAGGAUUUUUAUUUUUUGGGAGAGGCUGCCACAAGAAAAACAAGGAUCCGGAAAAGAAUUGGAAGAAUUUUUUACCUGAGGGCAGGUCUAUUGGAACAGUCAUCAUCUCUUUCGUUCUUGAUAUAAAAGAGGUAGAAUGGAUGAUUAUGGCAAUGCAUUGAUGUGGGUAACCCACAAUGAGAAUGUGUUUGAAGUGGAAGAAAUCCUCACCAACAUUCUCUUAAGGCUUCCAGUUAAAUCCCUUUUGAUAUGCAAGUCCGUCUGUCAAUACUGGCGGAGUAUAAUCUCCCGUCCUAGUUUCGUGGAGUCGCAUCUAAUCCAAUCUCAACACAAUCCCACUUAUGUUUUCUAUCCCUAUGACCCUUGGCACCACAACGUGUAUUUGCUGAGAAAAACUGAUGGAGAAAUGACUGAAAGUUUGCCUGGUUGUGAUGGAAUUUACUUUAAAGGUAUCAUUUGUUCCUUUAAUGGUUUGAUCUGCUGCGUUAAUUACUACAACGCCUUUCUACACGACAUACGUAUCUGCAACCCCGCCACUCGAGAAGUCUUAUUACUCCCACAAAGCCGGGAAUUAGAACAUCCAGGCGAGGUUGGUGUUGCUUUUGGCCCUGGAAUCAAUGAAUAUAAAGUAUUUCAGUUUUAUGGGAGAACGCAAUAUUAUGGAUGUGAGGUAUAUUCUUCAAUCACUGGAUCUUGGAAAUCCAUAGGUAGGGUUGCACACACUCCUUAUUCUUCUUUUUCUUCCAAUCAUGUAUGCAUUAAUGGAAUAGUGUACUGGUUCACCCGAUCAGAAGAAGGCAUCGGUUCCAUCCUUGUAGUUAAUAGAGAGGAAAUUUUUAGCACAAUUCGGCUUCCAAAGGAGAAAAUUCUACAUCCUUACUUGAUCAAUCUCGAAGGUUGUUUGUGUCUAGUGGUUGACAAUGGACUUGAGGAAUAUAGAUUUGAUAUAUGGGCUUUGCAAGAUAGCAAGGAGUCCCUUUGGACCAAGAAAUGGAGUGAUUAUAUGCCCUUUUGUAGCAUUGUAGAUAUCAUUAACCAUGUUGUGGUUCGAAAAAAUGAAAUUCUUUUAGGAACUAUAACUCAUUUUUUUCUUUAUAACAUGGGGACCAGGACUUGGAGAAAAUUCAACUGGGAACAUGAUGGUGAAGAAGUAGUGAUUUGUCUUUCGGUGGCAUACACAGAGAGCCUCCUCCCUUGUAAGUAA